GCAACCAUGCCCGUGGAGAGGAUGCGAAUGCGGCCAUGGCUGGUGGAACAGAUCAACUCUUCCCUAAUCCCUGGCCUGAUAUGGAUUAAUAGAGUGAGUGAAAUGUAUAUUUAUUGAGACAUUCCGUUUUCUUUAGUAUGGAACCUCACCACAUUCUAAGUUUAUUCUGUACCAGGUUUUCAAUCUUUGCUGAAGCAAUUUGCUACCAAACCCACCAACAUAACCCCUCCGUCACACAAACAGGCUUACCCUCAUAUCUAAACAGUGCACUAUAUUCUGUCAAACUUCUGUGUUUUUAAAUUGUGUGUGUUUUUGUUUUCUUGUUAUAUUUGAUAAAUCCUUACUGACAAGUACUGUAUGUAGAAACAGGAAACACACACAUGAAUGUGCUGAUGAUGUGUUAGCCAAGUCAUAAAGUAUGUCUGAAUCAUUGUUGUGAUAAACCUGCAGGAGAAGAGGAUCUUCCAGAUUCCAUGGAUGCAUGCUGCAAGGCAUGGCUGGGAUUUGGAGAAAGAUGCCCCUUUAUUCAUGAACUGGGCCAUUCAUACGGGUACGGUAAUGAACAUUUUGAAAUGAUAAGAAAUGGCCAACAAUACACAGUUCUACAUGACCAAUGCCACUGUUGUGUUAUGACUCAAGUUUAUGCAGCAGUAUGGCCUUCCCAUAACAAGUGAUUUUGUCUAAUCAGGAAAAUACCAACUAGGGAUCGACAAACCAGACCCGAAAACAUGGAAGGCCAAUUUCCGCUGUGCUAUGAACUCUCUGCCUGAUAUUGAGGAGGUGAAAGACAAGAGCAUCAAGAAGGGGACCAACGCUUUCAGAGUAUACAAGAUGCUGUCUGCUUCAGAGCGCCAGACCAAGAAAGGCAAGUGGUUCUCUGAGUCUCUGGCAGCGUGUAGACAGGCAGCCAAAUUCUGAUCUUUUUUUUCACUCAUUGGUAUUUUGACCAAUCAGAUCAGCUCUGAAAAAUAUCUGAUGUGAAAAGAUCUGAUGCGAUUGGUCAAAAGACCAAUUAGUGGAAAAAAAGAUCAGAAUUGGGCUGCCUGUAUAAACGCAGUCUCUGGCUCAGAGAGAACAGUGAUUGAAUUCAAAUCACAUUUUAUUUGUCACGUGCUUUAGUAAACAACAGGUGUAGACUAACAGUGAAAUGCUUACUGACAACAAUGUAGAGUUAAAGAUUAAGAUAAAUAGAAAUAGUGACACAAGGAAUAAAUACUGUGAAUAACAAGUAAAACUAACAUGGCUAUAUACAGGAAGUACCAGGUAAUAACAUGGCUAUAUACAGGAAGUACCAGGUAAUAACAUGGCUAUAUACAGGAAGUACCAGGUAAAAACAUGGCUAUAUACAGGAAGUACCAGGUAAAAACAUGGCUAUAUACAGGAAGUACCAGGUAGUAACAUGGCUAUAUACAGGAAGUACCAGGUAGUAACAUGGCUAUAUACAGGGAGUGCCAGGUAGUAACAUGGCUAUAUACAGGGAGUGCCUGGUAAUAACAUGGCUAUAUACAGGGAGUACCAGGUAAUAACAUGGCUAUAUACAGGAAAUACCUGGUAGUAACAUGGCUAUAUACAGGAAAUACCAGGUAGUAACUUGGCUAUAUACAGGAAAUACCAGGUAGUAACUUGGCUAUAUACAGGAAAUACCAGGUAGUAACAUGGCUAUAUACAGGAAAUACCAGGUAGUAACAUGGCUAUAUACAGGGAGUACCAGGUAGUAACAUGGCUAUAUACAGGGAGUACCAGGUAGUAACAUGGCUAUAUACAGGGAGUACCAGAUAGUAACAUGGCUAUAUACAGGGAGUACCAGGUAGUAACAUGGCUAUAUACAGGGAGUACCAGGUAGUAACAUGGCUAUAUAUAGGGAGUACCAGGUAGUAACAUGGCUAUAUACAGGGAGUACCAGGUAGUAACAUGGCUAUAUACAAGGAGUACCAGGUAGUAACAUGGCUAUAUACAGGGAGUACCAGGUAGUAACAUGGCUAUAUACAGGGAGUACCAGGUAGUAACAUGGCUAUAUACAGGGAGUACCAGGUAGUAACAUGGCUAUAUACAGGGAGUACCAGGUAGUAACAUGGCUAUAUACAGGGAGUACCAGUCGAUGUGCAGGGGUACAAGGUAAUUGAGGUAGAUAUGUACAUAUAGGUAGGGGUAAAGUGACUAGGCAACAGGAUAGAUAAUAAACAGUAGCAGCAGCAUAUGUGGUGACUGUGAAAGUGUGUGGCAGUGUGUGUGUGGGUAGAAUCCAGUGUUUGUGUGUGGUUAGAAUCCAGUGUGUGUGCAUAGAUUCAGUGCAGUGAAUUAUAAAUGGCAGACCGAAGGAUAUAUCAGCUUUCAGAGGGUCACACUUAUGACUGUACUAAGGGAUUAUGAUGUGGCCAGUUUUGCAUUCAACUUCAAUUCAUUUGUUAUAUGUAUAUGUUAAAACGGGGUAAUAACAUGUAGAAAAUUGAUGCACGUUUGACACACUGAAAUAGAUUGUGUACCUAUUAACAAUGGACUGUCGGUGUGUUUUCUAGGAAAGAAGAGGACUGAGAAAGGGGGAAAGAACAAGGUAAUAACCAUCGUCAAAAUGUUGUGUUGACACAGAACACCUCUAUACAUAACUCUAGAAUCCAUUUCACAUUCAAACUAUUAUUUUAAAUAAAUAAAUAAUUUGUAUGUAAAAUGGUAUGAGCAUGGAUAACAGACCUCCAAUGAGGAUGGAGAGGGAUGCCCACACCCCUCUGCCUCUGUCACCCCAGCAGCAGGUGGAGCCCGGGUCCCCAGCCAUGGAGAGCAUGAAUGGGUCUGUUGGAGACCAUCGUGGGCCGGUGGUGAAGGUGGAGGUGAAGGAGGAGGUGAAAGAAGAGUACUUUACAGACUGCACAGGUAAUACCUGGCAUUAGUGUAUUUUGUGUGUCCCCAAUUGCACACUAAUCCCUAUAUAGUGCACUGUUUUUGAUCAAUUUCUAUAGGGCUCUGGUCAAAAGUAGUGCCCUUUACAAGGAACACAAUGCCAUUUGUGACCACACUGUGUCUACUACACACCUCAAUCAAUGUAGUUAAUUAUACUCUUACUAAUGUCUUAUAUUCAUACAUCUGUGUUUGGUUGUGUGUUUGUAUUUAUUAUGGAUCCCCAUUAGUUCUGCCAAGGUAGCAGCUACUCUUCCUGAGGUUUAUUAUGGAUCCCCAUUAGUUCUGCCAAGGCAGCAGCUACUCUUCCUGAGGUUUAUUAUGGAUCCCCAUUAGUUCUGCCAAGGCAGCAGCUACUCUUCCUGAGGUUUAUUAUGAAUCCCUAUUAGUUCUGCCAAGGCAGCAGCUACUCUUCCUGGGGUUUAUUAUGGAUCCCCAUUAGUUCUGCCAAGGCAGCAGCUACUCUUCCUGAGGUUUAUUAUGGAUCCCCAUUAGUUCUGCCAAGGCAGCAGCUACUCUUCCUGGGGUUUAUUAUGGAUCCCCAUUAGUUCUGCCAAGGCAGCAGCUACUCUUCCUGGGGUUUAUUAUGGAUCCCCAUUAGUUCUGCCAAGGCAGCAGCUACUCUUCCUGGGGUUUAUUAUGGAUCCCCAUUAGUUCUGCCAAGGCAGCAGCUACUCUUCCUGGGGUUUAUUAUGGAUCCCCAUUAGUUCUGCCAAGGCAGCAGCUACUCUUCCUGGGGUUUAUUAUGGAUCCCCAUUAGUUCUGCCAAGGCAGCAGCUACUCUUCCUGGGGUUUAUUAUGGAUCCCCAUUAGUUCCUGCCAAGGCAGCAGCUACUCUUCCUGGGGUUUAGUAUGGAUCCCCAUUAGUUCCUGCCAAGGCAGCAGCUACUCUUCCUGGGGUUUAUUAUGGAUCCCCAUUAGUUCCUGCCAAGGCAGCAGCUACUCUUCCUGGGGUUUAUUAUGGAUCCCCAUUAGUUCCUGCCAAGGCAGCAGCUACUCUUCCUGGGGUUUAGUAUGGAUCCCCAUUAGUUCCUGCCAAGGCAGCAGCUACUCUUCCUGGGGUUUAGUAUGGAUCCCCAUUAGUUCCUGCCAAGGCAGCAGCUACUCUUCCUGGGGUUUAGUAUGGAUCCCCAUUAGUUCCUGCCAAGGCAGCAGCUACUCUUCCUGGGGUUUAGUAUGGAGCCCCAUUAGUUCCUUCCAAGGCAGCAGCUACUCUUCCUGGGGUUUAGUAUGGAGCCCCAUUAGUUCUGCCAAGGCAGCAGCUACUCUUCCUGGGGUUUAGUAUGGAUCCCCAUUAGUUCCUGCCAAGGCAGCAGCUACUCUUCCUGGGGUUUAGUAUGGAUCCCCAUUAGUUCCUGCCAAGGCAGCAGCUACUCUUCCUAGGGUUUAGUAUGGAUCCCCAUUAGUUCCUGCCAAGGCAGCAGCUACUCUUCCUGGGGUUUAGUAUGGAACCCCAUUAGUUCCUGCCAAGGCAGCAGCUACUCUUCCUGGGGUUUAGUAUUUUAUUUAUUUAUUUGUAUUUUAUUUCACCUUUAUUUAACCAGGUAAGCCAGUUGAGAACAAGUUCUCAUUUACAACUGCGACCUGGCCAAGAUGAAGCAAAGCAGUGCGAUAAACAACAACACAGAGUUACAUAUGGGGUAAAAAAACAAAGUCAAAAAAAUACAACAGAAAAUAUAUAUACAGUGUGUGCAAAUGUAGCAAGUUAUGGAGGUAAGGCAAUAAAUAGGCUAUAGUGCAAAAUAAUUACAAUUAGAAUUAACACUGGAAUGCUAGAUGUGCAAGAGAUGAUGUGCAAAUAGAGAUACUGGGGUGCAAAAGAGCAAAAUAAAUAACAAUAUAGGGAUGAGGUAGUUGGGUGGGCUAAUUUCAGAUGGGCUGUGUACAGGUGCAGUGAUCGGUAAGGUGCUCUGACAACUGAUGCUUAAAGAUAGUGAGGGAGAUAAGUGUCUCCAGCUUCAGAGAUUUUUGCAAUUCGUUCCAGUCAUUGGCAGCAGAGAACUGGAAGGAAUGGCGGCCAAAGGAGGUGUUGGCUUUGGGGAUGACCAGUGAGAUAUACCUGCUGGAGCGCAGACUACGGGUGGGUGCUGCUAUGGUGACCAAUGAGCUAAGACAAGGCGGGGAUUUGCCUAGCAGUGAUUUAUAGAUGGCCUGGUUUAGUAUGGAUCCCCAUUAGUUCUGCCAAGGCCGCAGCUACUCUUCCUGGGUUCCAAACGCAUUAAGACACUUACAUUACAUAUAAAACACUACAUCAUAUAACAUUAUUACACCACUACAUGUCUACAAUACAAAAUGUAUAAUACCAUCAUACAACAAUAUUACUAUGUACGUGUGUGUAGAGUGCUUGGUGCGUAUGCGUGUGUCUUUCCCCUGGAGGACCGUUUAAUAACCAGGGAUCAUCCUCUCUCCCUCAGAAUAUCUUAAUCAGAGCAGUCACAGUCCUGGGUACGACCAGCUGAUCGUCGACGACCUGCCUUGUGUCUGCCAGACCAUCGAGGUGACCACGGAGAACGAGGAGCAGUCAGUCAGCUCCAGCCACCCGUACCCACUCCAGAUCUCCCCUGUGUCCUCGUAUGGAGGUCAGUUCACCCCCCCCCAAACACUCCCAUCUCAACCCAUGCCCUAGCACAACAGACAGGGGUGCUUGUCCCUGAAUUUGGAAUCUCAAUUUGCAUAUAGAAUUGUGCCGCCAACUCCUCCACCCACGGUGAGGACACUGGCAGCUACAAUCUUUCCUGCAGAAGACCUGCAAGUCACAUCAGUACCCAUCAUAGGUUUUAAUAGAGUGGUAGAAUCCUUAUCAGUUACAUCAAAAUUAAGCUAGAGUUGAAUGAGGUUUGAAUGAGUAGAUUGACUACAAUCAAAUAAGACUGAUAGGUGAUUAAUUUAAUUGGUGAUUGGAGGUAUUAAUUACUACCAUUCUAUGCCCGUGGCUUCAAAGGAACAGUAUCAGCUCCAUUUCAAAAUGCAAGGUCAAAUGGAGACCUUUGAACCUUUAUUUGAGCCAGGUAGUAUAGAACUGUGUUGUAUUGCUUAAUGUAUAUUAGGGUUUAUGGCUUUGCUGUUGCAAGCUCAAGGCCAGUGUUUGUCAUCAUAAACAUGGCUACAUCUCCACUGUCAUUCAACCUGCUCCUGUUAUUACUGUAGAGUAAGUUAAUGUGUUGCUUGGGAGUGGCAUUGACACAAAGAGUUUGAGCUUGGAUUUUUUGGGGUACAGUGUUUGUUUCAGUUGAUCAGCCUGGUGUGUAAAGUGACAUACUGUACACAGUACAACUACUAGUCCUGCAUGUUUAGUAUUUGGUGAAGCAUCAAAUGAUCAGUGAUUGUGUAGAGGCUCUCUAGAGUGUAUCACUGAUGGUAGCAGAUAAUCCUCACUUCAUCAUCCUUCUCUAACCUGUUAGUCUGGAAAUGCCUGACUAAUGUUCUUCCUGUUCUGCAUAACAGAGAGUGAUCCCGACAGUGGGCACAGUGAAGAGGACUCCAAGGAGGUAAGGCCUGAGCUCUGUCUACAUCUAUUAAACCGGUCUGUGUACACACUAAAGGACUCUGAACAGUAGAAUACAUCUCUGUAUCAGAAGCAAAGCACAUCAUUUAAAACUGGUUGUCCUGGUAACCAUUGUUAGUUUAGUAAUCACUCAAGACAGACAGAUGUUUUUGUAAGAUUGGAAAGGUACACAGAAGCCUGUGGGCUAGAGCUGGCCGAUAUUAAUAAAAAUCCAUAUCAUGAUAAAUGUAGUUAUAACGAUAAAUUGAACGAUAAGUUCAUAACAUGAAUGUGCACCAGUUAAGUUUUUAUAUUACCCUUAAAACUACUGCUACUACUUUGAAUGUUGUAGCUAUCAAUUGUCCCAUCAACAAUCACCCAUAUUAGCAAACUUAUUUAAUGUCAAACUUAACAUUUCUCUAGUAGGGCCCUAUAGGUUAUUUAUCUUAAUGAAAGAUAUCAGCAAAAUGUCCACGAUAAGUGGUCGGUUUGGUUGGUGUCGAUCAUUUUCAGUUUAUCGUCCCAGCUAUACUGUGAGCCUUUAUGGAGUGCUUGCAACACAGAGUGAUAGCUUUGUUUUAUGGUGCCAUUGUAGCUGGCCUGUUCUCUAAGGCAAGGGAAGGGCACUUCACUAGCAGCAUUCGCUUAUUCCAAUAGGGCUGAGCGGCAUGGCUGGGCCUGCCUGCGAACACAGACACAUACAGACUGCUGAAACAUUAACCCUGCCCGAUCUGAUGAACAAGCCUUAACUUGAAGCCCACAAUUUUUUGUCAUUACAUUAGCCAGUUCUACUGCUUUAUAGUUGAGUACUGUAACAUGGUAAAACUGUCGCUGUAGCUCUACCUCUAGCUUGUAUUGUCAUUUCCUGUUCUAGAGUGCUCUGAUGUAAAGAAAGACAAACAUAAGGCAGCUCUCUGGUGAACACCGGAUUCACUUGAUUCACCUGGCUAAUGAUUAGACCUCAUUUCAUAUCUUGAAUUGUCCUCAAAACAAGCCCAACCACAACUCAAACACAUACAGUGCCUUUAGAAAGUAUUCGUACCGCUUGACCUAUUCCACAUUUUGUUGUUAGCCUGAAUUAAAAAUGGAUUAAAUAUAUAGUUUUCCCUCACCCAUCUACACACAGUACCCCAUAAUGACAAAGUGAAAAUAUGUUUUUAGAAAUUUUAGCAAUGUAUUUUGGGAAAAUGAAAUACAGGAAUAUCUCAUUUACAUAAGUAUUCACACCCCUGAGUCAAUACUUUUGUAGAAGCACCUUUGGCAGCGAUUACAGCUGUGAGUCUUUCAGGGUAAGUCUCUAGAGCUUUCCAUACCUGGAUUGUGCAAUAUUUGCCCUUUUUUUUUUUUUUCAAAAUUCUUCAAGCUCUGUCAAAUUGGUUGUUGAUAAUUGCUAGACCACCAUUUUCAGGUCUUGCCAUAUAUUUUCAAGCAGAUUUAAGUAAAAACUGUGGCUCGGCCACUCAGGAACAUCCUUGGUAAGCAACUCCAGUGUAGAUUUGGCCUUUUGUUUUAGAUUAUUGUCCUGCUGAAAGGUGAAUCAAUCACCCAGUGUCUGGUGGAAAGCAGACUGAACCAGGUUUUCCUCUAGGAUUUUGCCUGUGCUUAGCUCCAUUCCGUUAAUUUUUUAUCCUGAAAAACUCCCCAGUCCUUAACGAUUACAAGCAUACCCAUAACAUGAUGCAGCCACCACUAUGCUUGAAAAUAUGGAGAGUAGUACUCAGUAAUGUGCUGUGUUGUACAAAAAGUUAAUUGCUUUGCCAUAUUAUUUGCAGUGUUACUUUAGUGUCUUGUUGCAAACAGGAUGCAUGUUUUAGAAUAUUUUAUUCUGUACAGGCUUCCUCCUUUUCACUCUGUCAAUUAGAUUAGUAUUGUGGAGUAACUACAAUGUUGUUGAUCCAUCCUCAGUUUCCUCCUAUCACAUCCAUUAAACUCUGUAACUGUUUUAAAGUCACCAUUGACCUCAUGGUGAAAUCCCUGAGCGGUUUCCUUCCUGUCCGGCAACUGAGUUAGGAAGGACACCUGUAUCUUUGUGACUGGGUGUAUUUAUAUUUUACAUUUACAUUUUUAGUCAUUUAGCAGACGCUCUUAUCCAGAGCGACUUACAGUUAGUGAAUACAUAUUUUUUUUUUUAUACUGGUCCCCCGUGGGAAUUGGAACCCACAACCCUGGCGUUGCAAACGCCAUGCUCUAUCAACUGAGCUACAUCCCUGCCGGCCAUUCCCUCCCCUACCCUGGACGACGCUGGGCCAAUUGUGCGCCGCCCAUGAGUCUCCCGGUCGCGGCCGGCUGCGACAGAGCCUGGAUUUAUAUGCCAUCCAAAGUGUAAUUAAUAACUUCACCAUGCUCAAAAUGAUAUUCAAUGUCUACCAAUAGGUGCCCUUCUUUGCGAGGCAUUGGAAAACCUCCCUGGUCUUUGUGUUUGAAAUUCACUGUUCGACAGGGGGACCUUAAAUAUAAUUGUAUGUGUGGGGUACAGAGAUGAGGUAGUCAUUUAAAAAAUCAUGUUGAACUCUAUUAUUGCGCACUGAAGGAGUCCAUGCAACUUAUUAUGUGACUUGUUAAGCAAAUCUUUACUCCUGAAGUUAGUUAUUUAGGCUUGCCAUAAAGGGGUUGAAUACUUAUUGACUCAAGACAUUUCAGCUUUUAAUUGUUAAAUUGUUAAACUUUCUAAAAACAUAAUUCCACUUUGAUAUUAUGGGGUAUUGUGUAUAGGCCAGUGACACAAAAAAAUCUCUAUUUAAUCCAUUUUAAAUUUGGGCUGAAAAAGUCAAGGUGUGUGGGUAAUUUCUGAAGGCACUGUACAUACCGUUACAAAACAAGGCCAAUCACAUAUCAAGCACAUACAGUACCAGUCAAAAGUUUGGACACUCCUACUCAUUCCAGGGUUUUUCUUUAUUUUUACUAUUUUCUACAUUGUGGAAUAAUAGUGAAGAGAUCAAAACUAUGAAAUAACACAUGGAAUCAUGUAGUAACCAAGGUAGGGGUGGUAUACAGAAGAUAGCCCUAUUUGGAAAAAGACCAAGUCCAUAUUAUGGCAAGAACAGCUCAAAUAAGCAAAGAGAAACGACAGUCCAUCAUUACUUUAAGACAUGAAGGUCAGUCAAUCUGGAUCAUUUCCAGAUUGCAGUCGCAAAAACCAUCAAGCGCUAUGAUGAAACUGGAUCUCAUGAGGACUGCCACAGGAAUGGAAGACCCAGAGUUACCUCUGCUGCAGAGGAUACGUUCAUUAGAGUUAACUGCACCUCAGAUUGCAGCCCAAAUAAAUGCUUCACAGAGUUCAAGUAACAGACAAAUCUCAACAUCAACUGUUCAGAGGAGACUGCGUGAAUCAGUCCUUCAUGGUCAAAUUGCUACAAAGAAACCACUACUAAAGGACACCAAUAAGAAGAAGAGACUUGCUUGGGCCAAGAAACACGAGCGAUGGACAUUAGACCGGUGGAAAUCUGUCCUUUGGUCUGAUGAGUUCAAAUUUGAGAUUUUUGGUUCCAACCGCCGUGUUUUUGUGAGACGCAGAGUAGGUGAACGGAUGAUCUCCGCAUGUGUGGUUCCCAUCGUGAAGCAUGGAGGAGGAGGUGUUAUGAUGUGGGGGUGCUUUGCUGGUGAAUUCAAGGCACACUUAACCAGCAUGGCUACCACAGCAUUCUGCAGCGAUACACCAUCCCAUCUGGUUUGCGAUUAGCGAGACUAUCAUUUGUUUUUCAACAGAACAAUGACCCAAAACGCACCUCCAGGCUGUGUAAGGGCUAUUUGACCAAGGAGAGUGAUGGAGUGCUACAUCAGAUGACCUGGCCUCCACAAUCACCCGACCUCAACCCAAUUGAGAUGGUUUGGGAUGAGUUGGACCGCAGAGUGAAGGAAAAGCAGCCAACAAGUGCUCAGCAUAUGUGGGAACUCCUUCAAGACUGUUGGAAAAGCAUUCCUCAUGAAGCUGGUUGAGAGAAUGCCAAGAGUGUGCAAAGCUGUCAUCAAGGCAAAGGGUGGCUACUUUGAAGAAUCUAAAAUAUAUUUUGAUUUGUUUAACACUUAUUUUGGUUACUACAUGAUUUCAUAUGUGUUAUUUCAUAGUUUUGAUGUCUUCACUAUUCUACAAUGUAGAAAAUAGUAAAAAUAAAAACCCUUGAAUGAGCAGGUGUGUCCAAACUUUUGACUGGUACUGUACAUACUGUUACAAGACAAGGUCAAUCACAAAUCAAGCACAUGCAUACCGUUACAGAAUUCAACAGAAUGCAUUCUUUAUUUCUUAACUGUUGCCUUUUGUGUUGAUUGACAUGUCCACUGGAGAAACAGAGAACUAGUAUAACACCAGGCUGUUUUCUGUGCCCAAUAAAGCCCUGGCGGUCAGCUACUUUCAAAAUGUGGACAUUACUUUUGAGGUGGCCUCAAGAUGGCUAUUGUGGCACUUGUAGAAUCUCUUGCAGACAUUUGAGCUGGAAGAGGAAAUGUGAUGCUGCACACGCACAUGUGUGUCCGUGGGUGGGUGAAGAGGGGGGGAGAUGAGGUUCCUUAGUAUAGAUUAAUCAUGCAGAGCUCAACAGCAGGAGGAGCAGUUGAAAUUGACAAGCAUGUUAGAAAGUAUUAAGAACAAGUUUGACAGUGCUCAUAAACUUGACAAUAUAUGUGCAUGUAAAUGUGUUCAAGUUAAUAGAUUUUAAUUGGUAAAUAUGCCACGUUUUGCAAGACUUGCUAUGUCAUUGAAAUUCCCUCUUCUAAUGCUGUCAAUGAUUUAUGAAGAUUCCGCAAACAGACCAAAAUACAUGUUGAGAAAUAUGCUAGUAGCCAACUCUAUAUUCAUGUAUAUCCUGAAAUGAGUGUUUGAAUGGUUAUGGCAUUGGCUGAAUUAAACCCACCUUCUCUGUGACUUGCAGCAUCUCCGUGGUGGGCUGUGGGAAUCAAGUUUCACUUCCUCUGUGCUGAGAGUGCCCUCGUGCUCACUACCCAGCAUGGCCACCUUCGUCACUGGUGGAAAGGUAACCAACUUCAAAGUGACCAGCACCAGGGACCCAACGCCCCUCAUCAGCUACAGCAACAGCCCCUGGACCAGGGACAUUCCAACAGCCCAGCACCCUCCCUCAGAGCAGGCUUCCUCCAGCCAGGCCUCUGCUGCAGAGACCAGAGCCAGCGUUAUCAUGAAGACCUCAGACGUCUCCUCUGUCAAGACCUGCUGAAGCCCUGGCAGUGCAGUGACUCGAGACCAGAUACAGGCCAGUCAGUGGCAGGCUAGGUGUGGAAAAGCAUUGAUCACUGCUGUGCUUGUUGUUCGACCAGAGUGCCUACUCAUGGGAAUGGCUGGGACUAUGUCUAUGGGACAUACUAUACAGUAUAGGGGCUCUGUGAGCUGUAGAAUAUGGAUCGAUGCCCAAACUGAACCUGCCAAGAUCUCAGGGCCGUUUUAGAUGGGAUGGGAGGGAGGGAAUUAAUCUACAAACUGUGAAACUGUUGGGCAUCUCUCCCACUCUCCGCCCGCUGUUAAUAAUGUACAUACUGAUAUGUCUGCGGAAUGGCAUACCGCUUCUGCACCUUAUGGAAAACACUGAUAGAGAUGUGUGUGGCCACCCCGGCUGUGUGUCUACUCUGACAGCAAGGCUAAAGCCUGGGAAAGGCCUUAAGAGGCCUUGCUGAUCUAUGUCUAACUUUCCAACCUUGUCUUUGACCUUCAAGGGGAUGCUAUCGAUUGGCUAAAAGGAUGAAGUGAAUAAAUGCACUUGGUAAUUUAUCUUGAUGCCUUUUAAGCACGCUUAUAUAUUUUUUUAUGUAAAGGGACAUUUUAAUCUAAGGUGGACAAUUAUUUGAUUUGUAUAUUUUUUCCUCAAUGAAAGAUUUCAGAUUUUUUGUUAGAUUCUUUUUUUAUUAUUGUUAUUUACAUGACACAUGAUGAAGAAAAAAAGAAAAAAACGUUUGUAUCAACAAGACCGCAUUUGUGACAUCUAAUGUGUGUGAAAUUGUAGAGGUUUGUUGCCUAUGUGUGCCUAUAUGUAAUGGUGUGUUUUAAAUUCGUUGCUAAAUCCAUUUACACACGUUUGAGUGUGUCACACAUUCAUGGGCAACUCUUAAUCCUGUGGAUCAACAUGCGAAUCUUAAUAAAAAUAUUGUUUUGUAAUCCUGUGGUACAAGUGUAGACGGUUUUUCAAGUUUCAAUACAGUG